AUGACAUUCCGCCGCAUUUCCGGAAAAAGACGCCGGGAGAGCCAUCGGGCUGCCGGUCGGAACGCCUCCCGGAGCGCAGCGGUGAGCUCCCUCACGAACUCAGAAGUGGCAGCAGGCUGGUCCUCCACGAAACCAGAUGCGGCAGCGGGCUGGUCCUCCAUGCUGAGGUCUGUGAAGAAGAGCUGGUUCCAGAAGAAUGUGUAUGAAUGGGAUCCGUAUUUCAAAUUCCCGAACAGGAUCAUCGCCACCGUCGUGCUCUCGUUCCUUGGUAUCUACAUGAUUGUGUUGACUGAGCAAAUAAUUUCUUCAUGGUUAAUCAUGACUUUAUAUGGACCAUGGAGGAGCUCCAUCAACAUCUUUGUAAACGAGUCAUCCUGGAUCCUACACCUGGACUAUGGAACAUAUACCUGGUACAUCACAUCUGCAUGUGCCAUGCUGUCAUCUGUGAUUCACGUCAGUCACGUGUUGAUGUAUUAUAGGAAGCACAUUAAAUCACUGUGGGCUGGAGACAAAAAAUAUCUGCCAAAGAAAAGCAAUCUGAGACCUGCUGUUAGUGUGGCAGGACUGCUGAAGUAUCCCGGCUAUCAAAUCGCAUUUACCAUGUGGGGGUAUCUGAUCAUUCACAUGGCGAUGUUCACGGCUGGUAUGCUGUUCGUGUACCUGGUUAUAUCACCGAUCAGGGAAGAUGGCUUUUUGUCCUGGCUGCUCAAACUCCUCACCUUUCUGCCCAAUUUCUUCAUCCUGUUCACUUUGAUGAAGUUUCAGAUCAUUGUGAUCAGACUGUGUUUCCUGCAAGACAAGAACUGGAUAAGUUAUCCUCAGGAUAAAGAGAAACCACUCGCACUCAAGAACAGGCCACAGUACGUGGGUGGGGAUGAUCAUAACGGAUCAUCAUCACUGUAAUCCGGUGCUGGUGUGUUUCUGCCACCUGCUGAUCGAACACACGCUGCAGAGAGUCUGCAUGGACGAGGGGGUGAAAUUAGAGUCUCCAGCAAAGCAACAUGCUCACCUUCGCUGGUUUCUCGUGUACACCCUGCUGAGGAACCCUAAACUCAUCCUGCUGAGGAAGAGACGCUGUCUCCUGAACAGGGAGGAGUUCGAACUUGCCUUCAUUUGGGCCAUGACCACAUGUGGGGGGAAGAAACACACACCUGGAUCCCUAAAAUCCACCCAGUUUCUGAUUUCUGCCUUACACAGUUCUUCAAUCGCCUCUGAGAUUUGGUGGGAGGGACUCAGAAGAACGUGUCCUACUUAAACCCUGUUGGUGGACUGCACUUAGGAGAAGCAAGUCUGUGAUUCUUCUCUGAAAAGUGCUUUGAUGCGCAGAUCACAGGGUGUGUCCCAAUUCAGCUUCUGGGUUUGUUAAGACGAAAGUUAAAAGUCGUCGACCUCAAACAAAAUAAAACGUAAAUAAAACUCCAUAGCAACCAAGAAACCUUAAACAAAUUGGUGUCAUUUUAAAAUAUGGAGAAGGGGUAGCUCAGUGGUGUUAGGAUGUUGGACUUUUGAUCAGAAGGUCAUGAGUUCAAAUCCCACCACUGCAAGCUGCCACUGCUGGGCCCUUGAGCAAUGCCCUUAACCCUCAGCUGCUCAGUUGUUUGAAUGAGAUAGCUGUAAGUUGUUCUGGAGAAGGGCGUCUGCUAAUUGCUGUAAAUACGGAACAUUGACUCCACAGUGAGUUUUAUGGGGCUCAUGGACGGAUUUGGAAAUGUCCGACUCCGUGAUCAGAGGCCUGAGCAGCUGUUCUGGACACACCCUGUGCUUUAAACACGUAACAGAUGCAGUACUCAAUCAAAUCUAUGUAACUCCAGCAUGCAGAAUUGAUGCUAAUUAUGGUAAAUAACUAAUCAUAUGAUUGCAGCAUUAAAUCCAAAUGAGUAUUUAAUCCAGAUGUUCCCAUGUUGUUGUUGUGUUUACUAUUUAUAAAUGAUG